UGAAAAGAGUUGAAAGGUUGAAGGUCAAUAUGCCUGUUGUGUGAUACUGAAGAUUGUGACAAAUGCGGCUGACAAAUGAACCACUUUUAACUCGUGUUUAAAAUAGAUCGGUUGAUUUCGACUUGCGUUUUUAAUCCCAGCGACGAAACCAAUAAAGUUCCACCAAAAUGCCACCACCAAGGCCUCUCCUUGAUGUGGAUAUGGUAGCUCGUUUCAGAACAGAAUUCUUAGAACAGUACACUGAAGAUGGGCACAAUGAGGCCUACGAUCCCAGGGAUGUUGAGAAGCUCCGCACCAGCGACAAGUAUGUCCACAAAUUCCUGAUGAUUGCCAAGAUGGACUUCAAGCUCACAGGAGAAAAGGUCAACACAGUAUUCAAGUGGAGAAAACAGUUUGGACUGAACGAUUUAACCUUUGACAGUUUUGAUGAAGAGGUGCUGAGUUAUGGUGCGUUUUAUGCCCACAACAAGUGCAAGAUUGGCAGACGAAUAGUGUGGUUCAGAACAUGCAUGCACAGGAAGGACUCAUCCAAGGCCUAUGCAGUGAAACAGUACAUCGCCUUCUGGCUGAACAAGAUGGAGAGUGAGGCAAUGGGAGAAGAUGUAGUGAUACUGAUGGAUAUGACCAAUGCUGGAAUGGCUAACAUGGAUAUGGACGUGGUUAAAUUCAUGAUUACUUGCUUUGAGUUGUACUUCCCUGCGCUUGUCGGAAUUAUGCUGGUCUACGAUAUGCAUUGGGUUCUAAAUGCAAUUUGGAAGGUCAUUGAGAAACUGCUGUCACAGGAAUCAAGAGAACACAUCAAGUUCGUCAGAGGGCCCGCUAUCCAUGACUUCAUCACACCAGAACAACUUCCACUGUACAUGGGAGGCACGGACACUUGGGAAUGGGCGUGGCCUCUCCCUGAAGAGGAGAAAGAAGUCCUGUAUGAGAUGGAAGACAGGGACCUCCAGAAUGAGAGCCUAUUCUCAAUCCCUAAUGGGGAUGUGUCACGGAUAGAGGACAAGACCCCAGAGCCCUCACCCCCCAGCUCCCCCAGCCAGAAGCCCAAGAGGGUUCACUUUGCUCCAGAGACCCCCAAGCAACAGCUGGGCAUGGCAGGCGAGGUUGAUGCUCUAACCAAAAGACAAAUGUUGAGGAGAACGUCUAAGAAACAGAAAUUGAAUAUUCACAAGGGUCCUCUCCUGACAAUCAGACCAGGCACGGAACUGACGUUUGAAGAGCCCUCGGAACCCUCUGACUUUGAACCUUCCCAACUCAUGAGUCUAACCAACACCACUAGACAUAGAGUAGCAUACAAGAUAAAAACCACGACUCCGGACAGGUACAAAGUCCGACCCAGCGCAGGUCCCAUCAACCCAGGUGCUUCCAUCAAUGUCACAAUUACACUGCUGUCGGGGGACAAGGAGUCAGUGUCGCGAGACAAAUUCCUGGUGAUAUCAACCGAGCUGAUGGAAGUUUUGCGGACCCCAGCUGAGCUGACCGAGUUCUGGAAGAGGGUGGACAAGGACGAGGCAGUGGAACACAGGGUUAGAUGUGUGUACCAAGCUUCAAAGAAACCAGAGAUUGUCAUGGCUGAGCUGAAACAGGACAUGAAAGCUUUGAAAAACAAGGUUGAUCGCCUGGCACAGCAGGUUGCUACAGUCACAGACAGCGUGACCAAAGUCCUACGUCUGGUGCUAUUCCAACUAGUCCUUCUACUGUGCCUUGUGAUGUACUGCUUUCUCUUCAGUACCACCAGCAGCAGCAGUGUUGAGCAGUCACCAAUGCCCCAUGCCAGCGAUCUAGGUGGUCACUGCCAAACGGUGAAAGAACCAGACCCUUUACCAACACAAUGAAUUUCUUGCAAUUUUGUAUUGCGUUGAUUAACAUUCCAAAAUGCUUUAAAUGACCGUGUUUAAAAGUCUGAAAGAGUGGGUUGAUUUGAGGCUGAAGAAACUUGUUUGGUCGUGUGACCAAUGUGGAUCGUUUGGACCAUUUUCUGUUCUAAAUGGGAAUAUUACUCUUCUAGUUUUCCUGAUGGGAUCAGACCUUAGAGCACCCGAUGUUCCACCAUGAGACUGUUCCACCAUGCUGUCACCUGUGGAGUUGCAAAGUUUUCUGAGCCUGUACUGUUAAAGAUUUGUUUUUUAACUGCAGCAUUAUCAAUUAAACAUACCAAAUUUAGAUUGCACCAACAAGGGAAGGAUUCCCUAAAAUAUUUUACACAAAAAAUGCAGUGUAAAUAUACAGCUGAGAAUACUUGGCAAGGCAUUAGCUUUUUUGUAAUAUUCAGUGUUGGGAAGUAUGUGGGAAUUGUUAUUUGGAAGGAUAUUGCAAGUGGAUGAGCAAUAAGUUUCAGAUAUAUUUACGUGUAUAUUUCCCAAAUCCUGUUAUACUUUUACCGAGUACUUGUGUAUGAAUGUUUGUUUGAUUUGAUGGAAAUACGAUGCAGUUUGUAUGGUUUGAUUGAUGUUUCAAGGUCAGUCAUCAUAAAGAGGUUGGAGGAAGAGAUUGUUCUGUGAGAAAUUACAACUGCAAAAGCAACAUAUAACUGGUACAAGUGGACAAUGGAACAUGAAAAAGUGGGCCCACCUCUCUGCUACAAAAACUGUUCAGGACAAGAACAAUUUUUUGGACCUAAAUCUCUGUUCAAAAAUAAUGGCACAGCCAGUCAUUUUUUUUGCAUUUUUUUCCCAAGUCUUGGUCUUGUUUCCUGGAGACUUUCCAGGGGUAGAUACUCACUUGUCCAUACAUGCAGAUGGUCAAAGCCUUGAAUUCACUGCAAGUCCAGAACCUGUUACCAGCAAGUCCCACAACUCUGGUUGGGGAAGAAAUCAUUAUAGUAUGGUAGCAGUGCACUAUAGUAAUUGGGAGGAACUUAUCAAGGUUUGAAAAAAAUGAAAGAAAUUUGGUCCUGUUACAGGCCUUAAAACUCACCUGAUGUACUUUUUCUAACCACCUGCUUUGUGUCUAACAGUUCUUGAAAGCGCCCUCAAUGUUGAUAUUGUCUUCACCCUCAAGCUGUAUUUACAUGAUAUGUACAUGUAGCUUGUACUGAGUGUAGUCAGGCUGCAUGUAUCAUCCCAGUAUUUGUUUCUGUUUCUUUGUUGUGGUAAAAAAUGCAGAACACUUCAGGCUGAAUAAGUUAAGUGAAUAAAGGAAGUGCAACAUUUGGGAUACUGUGUUUUUGAAAAGGAGAAAAUUCAGCAUUUGUCCAGCUGUGAUCAUUUAUCAACACUUUUUGUGCCUUUUCUUGACACUUUGGAAAAUAAUUUGUAAGGUGUAGAUUCAAUCUUUCAAUGCAACGUGUAGAUACUGUUGAGUCUGUACAUUGCUGUAAAUUUCAAAAUGUUGCAUAUUUUUUAUAAGCACUUGAUUGCAGUGUAAUUGUCGGUUCUAAUGUAUAUUCAUGUAUGAUCCAGACAUCACACCUUGCCAUUAUUCAGAAUGCACUCAGUGUAAAGGUAAUAAAAAUGUGACGAUUGGUUAACAAUUUAAACAAAAUGUCAAUGAGUUAAAGUAUCUAUGUUGACUUGUUAAAUGUGGUGAAUCAGUUACUGCUGGCUGCUUAAACAAUUUUAAACAGGUGAUGUUCAUUUAUGGUAUAUAAUAUAUGAACACUACCGGUAUAUAUAAGGUGAUAUUCAUAUAUGGUAUAUAAUACAUGAAUGCUAUCUAUCCAAUAUAUCCAUUUAUGAGCAAUGUCUGCAGCCAAUAAUUAAAACCCAUAAUUGCAAGUUUUACAGAAACAAACCAGGUGUUUCUUAUGAUAGAUUAAAUACAAAUUUAGGUCUUUUGUUUAUUGUCAAUAAUUCAAAACAAAUAUAUUGCUAACCAUUAUUAUCUCCAACUGUAAUGCACAACAUGAACAUGUUAAAACUACAAUAUACGAUUGAUCUCGUCAAGUCAGCUCUGAAAGACCCAUUCAAUUUUUUUGACAAUUUCCUGCACUGCCAACACAAAACGGCAGAAGUGUAAUACAACUGAUGAACUGUUUUUUUUGGGGGGGGGUUAAAGAUUUGCUAGUUAUGCAAUGUUCAACACCAACAGUAAUGAGGCAAAACUAUAUGUACAUGUACAUCCAUGGAUGCAGUAGAUGAUAUUGUCCAUGAGCCUUCCAAUUCCACUGGAACAAUGUCCAUUACUUUUCCAAAGUAACACGACUUCAGAUUUGACAUGCAAAAUGGUUGAAAAUUACUGGCGUUUGCCUAAACUGAAGUGGAAAUGAUUACAACUUCCAUACGCUCUGGUAUUUCCAACUUAAAUCGGAAUGAUGAAAACUGGUAUGUUUCACUGCUAACUUAUCCAAUGCAAUUUCAUUUCACGUCUUCAUUUCCUUCAGAUUGCUCAAGAAGUGUAUUCCAACUCGCAUUCAUCCUUUCUACAAAAGAAGACUGAACAGAAAGGAAAGAAAGAAAAAGGAGGGUCUCUGCUGAGCCCUGAAAAUUGCUUUUCCAACUUGAAAUGUGUGAUGAAGAAAAUAUGACAUUUAAAUAAACAGCAUCAAAAACAUCUCCCAAAUUCUACUUUGAUAAAAAGGGUGAUUUGCAUACAUUGCCUGCAGAUACUUGAAAACUAUUCAUCAAACAUUUCUAAUACAAAUUUCUCUCACAGUUUUAACAAUCAGUACAAAAUAUCACUUUGUUAUUGACAUACAUUUUUUCUUGAAAAUGUAAAUGUACACUAUCCAAAUUGGGGUCAUUCCUUUCCAUUUCAAUAACUCAAUAUUUAGGAUAUUUUCAAAAUACUGUCAACCAAAAUCAUUUGGUUUGUUCAAAAUAAAUAAAAGGCAAAACAGGAAAUUUACAAAUAAAAAGGUUACAAUAAGAAGUUGACAAAAUUAAAUGAUUCACAUAAAAUUUAAAAUCACUCCUGAUUUCAAUGAAACCCAAAUGUUGACAAAAAUGGAAGGAUGCUGACGAAUAAUUUGUCACCCUUGCAAAUAACUUGUCAAUCCCAUAACUGUGAUUAAGAUGACCAAAUCACAAAGGCAUUUGCCAUCACUCAUUAAAGAUGGGAAAAUGGGAUGCAAUUUUGUGUAGCCUAAUUAUCGCAUCCAAUAGGAAAACAAAGGUGGGAUAUAUGGGGCAAGACUUGCAUAUGUACAUGGGGCAAGGCUAGUAUCCAAUGACCAGGAUACUUCAACAUCUCUGCGAGACGCUGUCAUUUCAACAGCCUUACAACUCUUGUGGUGUCAACUUGAGAAAAAUAUUAUCCACCGGUUCUCAGCAAGCUUUUUCCUUGAAAAAGGAGUAAAUCCACAUUGGGGAAUGGAAUGGGGGAAAAACCAAUUUGUACCAACCAACCUGCUUAACAAUGAAAAUCAGCCAAAGUAAGAUGUGAAACCAUCAUUUCUUGUGACCGAUUCUCUGCUGAUUUUUGCUAAGUAUACAAUCUGACUGGCAAACAGUGACAGCUUAACUAAUGCCCUGCACCAUGGAUGUCGUCCCCAGCUUUGUCGCAGUGCAGCCAUCUAGAGUCAGGUUCUCCAAGGCAAGAGAUGCUAUUUGUGGCACAUUAAACACAUGGUUUACGUCACCAGACUGAGGGCCCUUUACUCAGGAGAGACUGAGCCAAUGGUUAAAUGCCCGUUUCUGUCGCUGCAUCCGAGCGAGUUACUCGUGUUAACAAAAGUGUAAUACUGAGCACACAAAUGGCAAGAGUACCACCCUUGGGUAAGAAA